UUGCUAAGUCGUAAGCGAAUUAUAAAACAACAACAACCUGAGUUAAUUGAUAAAUAAUUUCCAGUUAAUACGAAGAGAAUACGGGCUGAUGGAAGUAAAAUCUUAGCAAAAGUAGGGAAAAUAGUGUUAAAAAAUGUUUACAGUACCAGUCUCAAGUAAUACUGACGAAAACCAAACUAUAAAUGCUCAAUUUGAAAAUGAGGCACAAACAGUUCAUGAAAUGACCUCACAUGAGCUUGGGAAUCCUGGUGAUCUUGGACAAGGGGAUAGUCUUCCAUUAGGGCAGAUAGAUAGUCAGUGCCCUCAGGCCCUUUCCCAACCUGAUGUAACAUCUGCACAAGGCAGUUAUGUUUCACUUCUUGCUGACAUAGCAACCAUACAGCAAACUGAUGAGUAUUCAGCUCAACCAAUUGCUGAUGUUAUAUCUGACACUGACUAUGCAACAUCAACAUUCACCAACCAAGAACUGACCUCUUUACAUAAUGAUAAUAUGGUUUCAUACCAGCCCAUUGAGAACUCAAAUAUUAGUUACAAUCUUACUAACACUGUUGGAAAUUCUCAGGGAAUACAGCAGUUUGUGAUAAUUCAGCCAUUUCUUAGUGAUACAUCUGUUAAUGCUCAAAGUACUUUUAUUCAUUUACCAAACACUGCUGAUAAUCAGUUGAAUCUGGAUAGUAAUAAAGAACUGGAAGAUGCUGUUGCCAAUAUAACGGAUACUGCAGUUGCUGGUGAUACAAAUGUUGUUACUUCAGAGAGUGGAUCUCUGGCUGAUAAGAGCUACCUAGUUUGCACAAACAGCCGGGGGGAGGUCAGAGAGAUACAGGUGAUUCAAGGUAAACAGAACUGGACAGAAAAUGAUACAGAAGUGAUUUCAGAUACAAGGAAAUGUAGACCUAAAGGUGUGAAAGGAAAACAGAGAAAGAGUGUCAUCACUGAAAGAAAACAAUCAUCAUCACAUUUACAGAAAUUUUCCCUGGAUGAUUUAAAUAGUGCUGGGAAAUCAAAGAAAGAAGUUUUUGAAGAGUACUUAGAAAAAGGUAAACCUAAAACUGAAGUUUCGGAACUGACAAAAGCAGAUGUAAAUGAGAAAGUUACUGAAGUUGAGAAUUCAGGUUUUGGUGCUGAAUGUGGAAUAGCUAAUACGCAUUUACAUGAUGAAACAAUAACUGAAGAUACAAUAGUAACAUCUGAUAUGGUGAUUAGUAGAUCCUCAGAUAUACAAAAAGUAUUACCUUUGGAUGAACCUCAAAAUACUUCAGACUUUCUUCAGGUAAAUAGAGAUACACACAGUAGUGUCAAAGAUGAAAUUGUGGUAGAAAGUCUAGAAUCAGAAGUGAUUGAAAGUUUGCAAAAACCUUUGCAAAGAGAUCAAGAGGCUGAUGAAGAGGAAAAUGUCAGUUGUGAUAAACUUAUAAAUAAAGAUGCAAAUGUAAUGAAAUCUUUCAAUAAAAUAAAUAAAAAUAAAACUGUCAAGACUAAAACGAUGACAUUAAGAUGUAGACGAAUACAAGAUCAAGCUAUAAAAAGUUCCAGAAAAACAUCAGAGUCUUUCAGAAAGCAUGAGAAUGAUACAGAUUGUGCAAAGUUAAAAAGGGAAAACAGAGCACUGAAACGCAAAAAGUCUGUGCCUCAAUCAAAAGGGUCUUGCAAAUUGCCAAAACUUGAUAACUUAUAUGACAAUGAAGAACAAGUUCAAGACAACACGUUGGAAGGUGAUGUUGAAAGUAGGAUGCAGGAGGACUUUUGUAGACUUUUUAAGUCUGAUGAAAAAUGUGUGCUCCGUCUUGAACCAAUCACUUUAAAACUUGUGAAUCCAAAUAGGUUCUUAAUGAUUGAGAUGGAUAUUGAAAAUGAGUUAUAUGUUAGUACCAUAGAGAAAGGUGAAACCACUAAUGGUUUUACAAAAUAUUUUAUGAAGCUCACUGCCCCUGAAAAUGUCUUACAGGCCAGUAGUGAAGAAACAAAUAGUUCUGAAAAAGGGAAGAACAAAGUUAAAAGAGCAAGUAAGUUGAAAUGUCUAAAACAUUCAAAGAUAAAAUGUAAAAGAACAAUCGCAAAAAAAGUUAAAACAACCUCUCUGAAAGACAUUAAACCUGUAAUAGAAGACUCUCUGAAAGAUAAUAAAGAUCCUAUAAUAAAAGAUGAAAAUAUGGGAGAAAAUGUUAAAGUACCUGAUACAGAUCCUGACAUUGUUUAUAGUACAGAAAACACAAAUUUAGAAGAUACUGCUGAUGUUGAAGAUUACAAUGUAGAAAUUGAAGUAGAGGGUUAUGAUGAUAAUAUUGAAAAAUCAGAAACUUUGAAAGAAACGGAAAUCAGCAGUAAAAAUGAUGAUAAAGGUGAUAUUGAGGGUGAUAAAUCAACAGGUACAAAUACAAAAAAGAGGAAAACUAGGAAUGUGGUAGAGAAGAAGGAGUCAAAUGCAAAUCCGAGCAGCACUGUCAAGAAGAAAGGAGAGACUACACAGCUGUACACUGUUAUGAUAUCGGAGGAAGGUAAAAAGAUGUAUCAGUGUAUAAUGUGUGGAAAGGAAAUGACUAUAAAACAGAACAUGGAUAUUCACAUAAAUCAGCACACGGGAGAGAGGCCCUGGCAAUGUGAGGUGUGUGGUCUGGGUUUUCGUGGACCAUCAAACCUGAAAGCACAUAUGAACCAGCAUGACGAGGAAUUGAGAUUUUCUUGUGACAUCUGUUUCAGGAAAUUCAGAGAUCGAGGGACAUAUAGGCAACAUUACAAGCGUCAUCUCGGUGAGAAGGAACAUGUCUGCGAGCAUUGUGGGAAAUCUUUUGUGAUAACCUCUGACCUCAAAAAACAUAUCCGAACACACACCGGUGAGAAACCGUACAAAUGUUCUUCCUGCGAUCAACAGUUUAGUGACGGAAGCAGUCUGGUCCGGCACGAGAAAAUGCAUUCGGCAAAAUUUAGGUACGAGUGUGGUGCCUGCAGUCGCCAAUACUCCAGAAAAGAUUUAUGCAAGAAACAUAUCAAAAAGGCGCACAUUAAUGUUGAAGAAAUUGAAAUUAAUGAAAUAAGUGUAAUCGAUGAGUUGAAACAAGUAUCAAGGGAUAUAAAAGUAAGAAAUCAAGAUGGUCUGGUAAUUAAAACGCAAAAAGUGACGGGUAAGAAAAUGAAUAGAGAGCAAAAUCCGAAUACUAAAGUGAAGAAGAUGAAAAAAUCUUGGCAAAAUUUGACAGAAGAGGCAUCUAAAAGAUACAAAGAACAAACAAAUGAAAGUAUUCCAGGGCCUAGUAGAAAAGGGAAAUUUCCCAAACCAUUUUGUCCCAACAUAUAA